GGGUAGGAUUUAGUUGGGUCGCAAGUGGGAGAGAUCUCACUUCAGAAGAUAGUCUCGAGUAACUUCUAACGCAGUCCAAUCUAACUCAUGUGUUUAGCAGUGGGAAUGUCGGAACUGUUGGGGUGCAUUUAUGAGCCUCAUUUAGAAACUUGCUUUUUAAAGGACUUUCUCGAAUUGACUCCUGUUCUGCUGUUCCUGAUUAAAAUACGAACUAAUUCAGAUCGUGAACCCCUCGUGCCAGCUCGCUGCUAGUGUUUCUUUAGAAAGGUCGAUGGGCGCGUAGGUAGAUUGGUUACUACGGUUGGUGUUGGUUAGGGGUUUGUGGUUCUUUCACUUCGGGUUUCUUGAUCUUAAGUUUUCAAGGUACAACAGAAUUGCAAUGCUAAAUCUCGAUGAGAUGAGAGACUGCGUUAUCGAGCGCUGCAGUUUUGCAAACAUGAGACGAGUGCUCCUCGUCUGCGACCUGACCUGGCUCAACGGCAAGAAAAGCUCCUAGGAUGCAGACGCUUGUUUCAGCAUUUUUCUCACCGCACAAUUUUCUUUUUAUCAAUCGUCACUGUCACGAUGAGCUUCGAGGCCAUCCUGAAGGCAGAGGAUGAUGGCAGGAGGCGCAGCUCCCGUCUGAAUUUUAUCGUUCUGCUGAUGAUUCUUAUAAUCAACGCUCUGGCAUUUUGUGGGUUCCAGUAUCUCUACAGGGUGGAGCAGCACCAUCAGGAUAUGAACGAUGGAUCAUUUCAGGAAUCCAACAAGUUCCAAUCCUCUGUCGUUGAGAAGCAGGACGAACUUUCGAAUCAGAUGAAUGACACCUUGGAGGAAAUUCGAGAUCUCCGUCGUCAGCUCCGAAGAUCUCGAGAGCGGAUCGCUCAAAUGGAGGGGAGGCACCUGAAGCUUCUCCUUGACAUUCAAGCAAAUACCAGAUCUAUCCUCGAAGCCGAAAGCGACGAAGGUCGAAACACUGCUGGUGAAUUGGUAAAUCAAUCUAUUGAGGCUGAUCCUUACCAUCGCUGGAUGCUUGAUAGGCGCGACACUCUCCCCGAGGAAUUUCGUGAGUAUGUGGCGACAAGGAAACUUGUUUUCGGCUGGAAUCCCGCUCUUUCGACGGACAUGAUGACUGCCACUGUUGGGCAGGCGUGCGUUGCCAACUUGGACGACCUCAAGCAGUUUAUGAAUUAUGAGGUCGGCAAGGUGUGUCCUGAUGAUGAUAAUCUGGCACAGAAGCUCUUAUUGAAUGGUUGCGAGCCUCUUCCCCGUCGCCGAUGCUUGGCAAGGGGACCCAUAAAACCUACGGAGCCACUCCCGUUUCCGGAUUCCUUGUGGACUGAACCACCGGAUGAAAACAUCCGCUGGUCAGCUUACGACUGCAAGAGCUUCGAGUGUCUAAACACUCGAUCUGCCAGAAAAGUGUUCGCUGAUUGUCUCGACUGCUUCGAUCUUAAAGGUCGGGAGGCACAUCGAUGGGUGGGGAGGCCAUCAAAGCCUCACGCUGUUGACUUUACGGUGGAGCAAGUUCUCGCUAUGAAGAGCGGCAUCCGCAUCGGUUUGGAUAUCGGAGGUGGAACGGGCUCCUUCGCAGUUCGGAUGCGAGAACACAACGUCACUAUCAUAACAUCGACAUUGAAUUUGAAUGGUCCUUUCAACAAUUUCAUAGCACAGCGAGGAGUAAUCCCCUUCUUUGUGUCGUUAGGGCAACGGUUUCCAUUCUGGGACAACACGUUAGACAUUGUUCACUCAAUGCAUGUUCUUUCGAACUGGAUUCCUUUCGAAAUCCUCGAGUUUGUCUUUUACGACAUUGAUCGUAUCUUGAGACCCGGCGGGGUCCUGUGGCUUGACCACUUCUUUUGCAUCCAGUCUGAACUAGACACAAGAUAUGCGCCAUUAAUUAGAAGCUUCGGUUACAAAGAGCUGAGAUGGGACGUCGGAAAAAAGCUCGAUCGCGGUGCUGAGAAGAAGGAAGUAUACCUCUCCGCCCUUCUUGAGAAACCUUUGACAGGCAGAUAUUAAGAUUAGAAUGUCGUACGGUUGAGUGCUUGAACCACUCCCAUUUACAGAUUGGAGAAUCAGUCCAGAGAUUACCUUGGCAUUCUGCUAUUUCAUAAGAUGUAACCCGAACCAAAUGAGAUGCGCCCAGUAGAAAAUCAGUAGUUAUUAGGAGGAAGGUUGAGAAUUUCACUUAAUUUUGAUGUGUAGGAGUUGAAGGGUUUCUUGGUAACACGAUACCAGUGCCUCGAAAUUAUGUACUUCGCAAUUAUGCUUAUUCUUGGGCGGGCUAUAUUUAUAUUUUGAUGCAAUCAGCUUCUCAAUUGAGCUGCAGAUACUUGAUUCUCCCUA